AUGAGCCUCUCAAACCGUGCUGCCGGGCUUAUGGCCUUGGCCAUGAUUGCUUCAGUCCAAGCUACAAAUGUUUACAAGAUCCCCAUCCAGAAGCGGGCUGCGACAGCAUCUGGCAUCAAUGUACCUGCUACCGACUGGUUCUACCGCGGCGACAAUGAGUGGUAUAGUACCGUACAAGUCGGCACUCCCCCGCAGAACCACACCGUUGCAUGGGAUACAGGUAGCGUAGAUCUGCUUCUGCCUGGUACAAACUGCACGACUUGCAGCAACCACACACUCUUUGAUCCGACCAAGUCGAGCACGUACUCGCCCCUCCCCGGUCGACGCACCAAGACCUACUACUCGACUGGUGUUGACUCUAUUCCCUUUACUGUCCCCGAAGGCGAAGGCGGCGUUAUUGUACACGACAAGAUCGCAUUGGGAGACCUUGUUGUGGAAAGUCAGGGCUUUAUUCUUGUCGACGAGUCCGCCGCUGCAUUGAACAAGAUGCCCGUUGACGGUAUCUUGGGUCUGGGGGCACCCAACGUCACUGGCAUUAACCAAGAGCCAUGGUACUGGAAUUUGUACGAUAGUGGUCAACUUGCAUCACCGGUCUUUGCUUUCUACACACCCGCCGGUGAUAUCGACGGCGCCGAGCUCACCCUGGGCGGUAUUGACGACACCAAGUACGAGGGUGAGAUUCCCUAUACAAAACUCGAGAGCUCGCGCGGUGGCUACACGCUCCGGCAGAGCGGGCUGUACAUCAACGGCGAAGUCUUCUCCAAGACUGGAACAGCAAUCCUGGAUACCGGCACGGCUUUUAUGCAGACGCCCAACUACCAGAUAGCCAAGAAGCUUUAUGCUGCCAUCUCACCCAACAUUACCCAGAUCGACAAGGCUGGCGCUUGGGGUGCACCCUGUGACGAGGUAGAUGCCCUUGCGCCCGAGUUUACCUUUACCUUUGGCCCCGUUGGCGGUGCGUUGAACCUCACGAUUCCGAAAGAGGCUUUCAAUCUUGGGGAGUACCCGGGGCAGCCAGGGAUAUGUCAGACUCUCUUCAACAACCCACUAGGAACAGUGUCCAUUGGAGGAAUCUGGUUGAUUGGUUCCCCUUUGUUGAAGCAGUACUACACAGUCUGGGACGCUGUCAAUGGUGAAAUCGGCUGGGGCAAAUUGAAAUCGCCGGGCUCGUAA